UGAUGAUAGAAUGAGAAAAGUUAUCUUAAUACAAAUCACUGUUUUUCUGCCUAAAUCAUUUGAAUUGGCCAUGAAAACAAGGAUUGUGCAGUUCGGCUCCUUCCUCUUCUUCUUCGUUACAACUCUCUGUUGCUGCUCCAGUGCAAGCGACACGCUUACUCUCUCUACUCCUCUCCUUGACGCCGACGGAGCGACCUUGAUCUCCGACGGCGGUAGAUUCGCACUUGGAUUUUUCAGCCCCGUUGGCUCCAGCAACCGCUACAUCGGCAUAUGGUACCACAACAUCAACCACAACCAAACCGUGGUAUGGGUUGCCAACCGCAAACAUGCUAUCACCGGCCGGUCCGGCCGUCUCUCUCUAACCGCCGACGGAGGACUCAUUGUCACCGCUGGAAACUCAACUGCUGUUUGGUCCUCCCACUCGGCGACAAUUCUCAAGAACCCCGUCGCACGACUACUCGAUUCCGGAAACUUCGUGGUCAGCAACGGCAGCUCUGUAGCGUGGCAGAGCUUCGAUUUUCCGACGGACACGAGUAUCCCGGGCAUGAAGAUAGGGUGGGACCUGACGACAGGGCGCAACUACAAUCUGACGGCAUGGACGAGCGAGAGCGACCCGGCGCCGAGUGGCUACACGAUGAGCUUAGACCAUAGCGGCGACCCGCAGUGCGUUGUAACGGACGGGGCGCGACUGCACUGGCGGGGCGGCCCGUGGAACGGCAACCGGUUCAGCGGCAUCGAGGGCAUGCAACGGGACCUCGCCAUCGGCAUCGGCUUCAACUUCGUGACCACUCCCCACCAACUCUUCUUCUCCACGUACCUGAUCGACACAUCGAUCAUCGAUAGGCUUGUGAUCAGCACCUCCGGCACCUUGCAGCACUACAUGUGGAUCCAAGACCGGCAGAUAUGGACGUUCCUGGGAUUCGUGCCGCGGGACGAGUGCGACAGCGUGGCCCGAUGCGGCCCCAACGGCGUCUGCCAUCCGGACGGGUCGACGAUGUGCACGUGCCUCCCGGGCUUCGCCAGUCGGAAUAACAGCGUAGAAUUGAACGGCUGCGUCAGGAUCACGGCGUUGGACUGCGUCAACGGAACGGAUGGGUUCGUGAAUCAGAGCAGCGUGAAGCUUCCUGACACGUCGACAGCGAUGGUGGACUGGAGCAUGGUGAGCCUGGAGGAGUGCAGAGUUCGCUGCUUGAGGAACUGUUCCUGCACCGGCUACGCGCAGGCCAACGUCAGCGACAGUGGCAGCGGAUGCGUGCUCUGGUGGACCAAUCUACUGGAUAUCAAGUACUACGACGGCGGAACAGGGCAGGAUCUCUUCGUCAGAGUAGCAGCAGCCGAUCUCCCAAGCACAGGGGCAAAGCCUGGUCAUCGGAGUCCUAUGGUCGCCGUCAUUGUGGCCCCUGCUUUGGCUAUUAUUCUACUGGCAUUCAUUGUUUAUUGGAUUUGCUGGAGGAAGAAGAAACAUGACAUUUAUUUUGAUGAUGACGCUCAAGAAGAGGAUUUGGACCUACCAAUAUAUGAUCUAUACACCAUUGCAGAAGCCACCAACAACUUCUCAGAAAGCAACAAGCUUGGGCAGGGAGGUUACGGACCAGUAUACAAAGGUAAGCUUAUGGAUGGACAAGAGAUAGCUGUGAAGAGGCUAUCGAUGACAUCGACUCAGGGUGCCCAUGAGUUCAAGAACGAAGUAACGGUGAUUGCUAAGUUACAACAUCGAAACCUUGUUCGACUUCUUGGAUGUUGCAUCGAAGCAAGGGAAAGGAUGUUGAUCUACGAGUUCAUGCCUAAUGGAAGCUUGGAUGCCCUUCUAUUUGAUAAGGCAAAAAGUGGAUUGCUGGAUUGGCAAACACGAUACAACAUCAUAGUUGGGAUCGCUCGAGGAUUGUUGUAUUUGCACCAUGACUCUAGGCUAAGAAUCAUCCAUCGAGAUAUGAAAGCUAGUAAUGUUCUUCUUGACAAAGAUAUGAAUCCCAAAAUAUCAGACUUUGGAAUGGCUAAAACAUUUAGAGGUGACGAUGCAGAAGUUAAUACAAUGAGAAUUGUUGGAACCUAAACCAAGUCCACCUGGAUUUAUAAAUUUAAGAGGUUGGAGUCUGAUUCCUCAACAAGAAGCAUAUCAAAGGCACUACAAGGCCUCUCUUCGAUUCCCUUACCUUGUGGUUAUUUCCAUCUGGUCGUAUAUAUAGAACAAAGGCUUCUAGUUUCUCAAAUAGUUACCCGGAAAAAACAGGGCAAGUCUCUCUUCAAUUGCCUAGUGAUUAUUUCUAUUUACUAGUGCACAUCAAUCUACAGCCACUGAUUCAAAUGUUUCUUACAUAGUUUUCUACGAGAGGAAGCACAGAAUCUGAGAUGUGUUUAGAAACUGAAGAGAAAAUUAGAAAAGAUAGCAGCAUGCAAAGAGUCACCUAGAAGGCCCGCCGCAUACUGUUCCACCUGCCAUCUCAAUCUCGCUGCACCGAGAUGGAUUUUGCUCGUUCAUAUUCUCUUCCACCAGAGUCAUCGUCGGUGCUAAGCCCAACGAUGAAGUCGCCAUCGGAAGUAGCCCAAGGAAGUAGGAGGUGCUGCUUGAUUCAAACUCAUGGUGUCGACGAUAUCCACGGAUCAAGACCUACAAAAGGAUUUCGACUCUAUAAAUUGAGUUUCUUGAGAGACAUGCUCAUAGGACUUUAGUUCUUUACUUA